AUGCCCUAUGCGAAUCAGUCUAUCGUCACAGUAACGUCUUACAAUGACGAGGUUUUCAAAUUCUCUCUAGAGGACACAGAUUUGAGCGUAGCCAAUGCCAUCCGCCGCGUCUGCAUUGCAGAGGUGCCCACCCUCGCCAUCGACUGGGUGCAGUUGGAGGAGAACAACACUAUGCUCAAUGACGAGUUCAUUGCUCAACGCAUCGGCCUAAUUCCACUCACCUCAGAUGACGUAGUCGAUAAAAUGUCCUACUUUCGUGAGUGCACCUGCCGCGACUUCUGCAAGGAAUGUUCAGUUGAGUUGACUCUCGAUGUCAGUUGCACCGAUGACACGCCUCGCCACGUUACCGGUGCUGAUUUAGUUACUAGUAACCCCGAUGUUCGUCCUGUGCCCUGCCGUGAUGAAAAUGAUGAGUCAGCACUUUACGCUGGACAGCAAGAGUCCAUUCUCAUCGUGAAGAUGCGCAAGGGCCAGCGGCUGAAGCUGCGUGCCUUUGCCAAGAAGGGCUUUGGUAAGGAGCACGCCAAGUGGAAUCCCACGGCAGGCGUGGGCUUUGAGUACGACCCCGACAAUGCUCUGCGGCACACCUUUCUUCAAAAACCUGAGGACUGGCCGCGUUCCGAGUACUCUGAACUGCCUGCCGAUUCGGAACAGUCUCAGGCGCCCUAUAACCCAUUCGGCAAGCCGUCCAAAUUCUACUUUACAAUCGAGUCGUGCGGCUCAUUGAAGGCCAAGAAUAUCAUAUUCUCGGCGUUGCGAGUGUUGAAGGAGAAGUUGACAACGCUGCACGAAAACCUUCCGCCUGAAUGA